GUCGGUUGGAGAUAGCCCGUUGUUUCUCCAGAUCCAGAAUCUGAGAGUUGUCAGGACACCCCCGGCUCAAAUACGUCUCUCUCUCCGCCGGCCCAAUGCGUCGCGCGGCCUUUCAAGCUCUCCGUACUGCCCGUCGCGUGCCAGCAUGGAAAGUCAUCGGUAGGAAACCGUGCGCCGUGUCCUUCUCUAGCAGUCGGAGUCUCGGUCUACGUCCCUCCUCUUCGGGCAAGCAUCCUUCAUACCUCCCCGCCUCUCUCCACUCGUCCAUGCAUCUUCGAAACUUCUCGCUCGCUGUCAUUUCGACCGUCGUCGCCUCAGGCGCCUGGUACGCUUAUCAGGGCAACGCCGGCCAGGCGCUGAACGCUACCUCGUCGCAGCUACGCUCUUAUGCCACUGUCCACGCCGAAGCCCCUGCGGAGUCCACUCGCCGUGCGCUGCUCGUGGAUAAUGAUCAGUUCUUUACCGCCCCCCUUACUGGAGACCAGCCUUUGUCCAAGCACACAGACGAUUCCGACCGCCGAGUCCUCGAAAUGUUGACCCCGGAGCAGGCCACACAAAAGCUCAGGAAGAACGAGGAGUCAUAUUUGGUGAACCGAGGCAAGGGAGUGGUCCGCUACGAUAUCGUUCAGGUUCCGAGCAAUUCUCCGAUCGAGGAUGAUCAUGCCGAGAAGAUCAUCGAGGUGCCAUCCUCCCUGGCUGCAGCCAACGAAGGCGAAGCCAAAUGUGAUUGGAUGUUCUGGGCCGUGUUCGAUGGCCAUUCCGGCUGGACGACGUCGGCCAAGCUGCGCAACGUUCUUAUAUCCUAUGUCGCCCGAGAGUUGAACUCAACCUACAAAGCUGCGGCCGCAGACCCUUCCCUACUGACCCCGUCGUCCGGCGCCGUGGAUGCUGCGAUCAAGCAAGGUUUCACCCGUCUAGACGACGAAAUCGUGCACAGCAGCGUUGAGAAGGUGCUCAAGUCCAACUCGCGCCGGGUCGCCGCCGAGAUGCUUGCGCCUGCUCUUUCCGGAUCCUGCGCUCUCCUUGCUUUUUAUGACUCUCAGUCUAAAGACCUGAAGGUCGCUGUCGCAGGUGACUCCAGAGCUGUGCUGGGCCGUCGUAGUGCAAAUGGUAAAUGGUCAGCAACGCCCCUCUCCGAAGACCAGACUGGCGGAACUCCAUCUGAGAUGAAGCGUCUGCGGGAGGAGCAUCCCGGCGAGCCCAACGUUGUUCGCAACGGACGGAUCCUUGGGCAGCUGGAACCCAGCCGGUCCUUCGGAGAUGCAUUCUACAAGUGGAGCAAGGAAACGCAGGACAAGAUUAAGCGCCAGUUCUUUGGUCGCACUCCCCACCCCCUGUUGAAGACUCCUCCGUACGUGACUGCCGAGCCGAUCAUCACUACCACCAAGAUGGACCCCGGCAGCGGUGACUUCCUUGUCCUUGCUACCGACGGGCUCUGGGAGAUGUUGAGCAACGAGGAAGUGGUCGGGCUUGUCGGCCAGUGGGUCGAGCAGCAGCGUGUCGGCACCGGCGCUAGCAACAAGACCUGGCUGAAGAGCUUGUUUGGCUUUGGAGAAAAAGAACUCCCUGUGGAAGCACGCAAGGCAACCGACUCUGAAGGCCAACGCCGCCCGAUCCGCCAGCAGCAGUAUGACAUCGCCGGCGUGGCCAGUCGCUUCACCGUCGAGGACAACAAUGCCGCAACCCACCUGGUUCGCAACGCCAUGGGAGGAAAGGACAAGGAAAUGGUUUCCGCUUUGCUGACUCUCCCGAGCCCUUAUUCCCGCCGAUACCGUGACGAUGUCACCGUCGAAGUGAUCUUCUUCGGCGAAGGUCCAGACACGCGCACCGUCACCGUCAAUGAAGAGGCUAGCGCGUCCGAGAACGUCAAAGCGAAGCUGUAGCUGUAUCCGCAACUGCCCAGUCUCCUUCCGCACAGCAAGGCAUUAUCGGCGCAAAAAAGACGCAAAGAAAAGAUGAUUUCAUGAUAUUUGGAUUUGGAUUUUCAUUUCUUUCUCUUGGCUUCCAUCGUUUCUUCUCCUAUCUCGAAAUGGGCAGUGGGCUGGCGUUUUUUCUUAUUUCGUGCAGGCCUGAGAUGGUGAUUUCUGAGUGUGCAUUGGCAUUGAAGUACACAUAGAAAUGCUACAUAGUCUCUAUUCAGUUGGGACAGAAACUGCAAUUGUUGGA